AUGUAUUUUGGUUUACAAACAGGUUGGAUCUCCAUGAUGUCUUUACAGGCAUCGCUUUUAGGAUUCGCUGUCUUUAAAUCUGCUUUAUGCCGUUGUUUUAUCAGUAGUGGAGUAUCAUCCACAUUUAGUCCUAAAGAGAACGUUUAUUUGCAGACUGUAGCAGUUGCUACAGCUACUAUGCCCUUAGCAGCAGGGUUUGUAGGCAUUAUUCCUGCGUUAGAUCAGCUAACUGAAGAUGAUUCCCUCUUCUCCUUAUCACCAUUAAAACUUAUCUUAUGGUCCCUGGGUCUCUCUUUCUUUGGCGUGUUUUUCGCUGUACCACUUCGAAAACAAACAAUAGUUAAAGAAAAAUUAAAAUUUCCGUCCGGCACAGCAACUGCAGAGAUGAUUUAUGUAUUACAUAAUCAGUUUAGAAAUGAAGAGAGUAGGCAAAAUUUGAUUAGAAGGAGAAGAAACUUCAAUAGCGAUAUACAGGAGUAUAAUGAUGAUUGGAAUAGUCGUGAAGAAGGAAAUAGAAUUGAAUUAUUUUCUUUAGAAAUGAGUAACCAACAACAACAAGAUGAAUCGUUUCAUUCUCAAAUAUGGCAUUUAAAGCUCAAAGCAUUACUUGUAUCUUUUAGUGUAUCUUCUAUUUAUACUCUUGCUUCUUAUUUCUUUCCUAUUAUAUACGCGUUGCCGAUAUUUAAUUGGUUGACAUUAAAUACUAUCGAUUUCAAGGCAUGGGAGUGGUAUUUUACGCCUAGUUUAAGCUAUGUUGGGCAAGGAAUCAUUAUGGGGUUUCCAACAACUUUAUCGAUGUUAUUAGGAUGCUUUAUAGGCUGGGGUAUAUUAUCACCUGUUGCGUAUUUUUCUGGUUGGGCUCCAGGUCCAGUUAAUGAUUGGAAAACAGGAUCAAAAGGUUGGAUAUUAUGGUCCUCACUUAGUAUUAUGAUUUCCGAAUCAAUUGUUUCCCUUUUCAUAGCUUUUAUUAAACAGAUAAUUUCUCUAUUUAAUAAAAGACAAACAAUGCAAAAUACUGUUUAUAAUAAAAUGAAUGAAAAAGAAGAAACAGACUUACUAUCAGAAUAUCAAGUUCCACUUUAUAUAGUACUGCUAGGUUUAAUUCUAUCUACUUUACUGUGUAUGCUGAUGGUUCAAAUUGUGUUUGGAAAUGACAUUAUGCCGAUAGGAAUGACAUUUGUUUCCAUCCUUUUUGCUCUUUUUCUGAGUAUUUUGGGCGUCCGAGCCCUUGGGGAAACUGAUUUGAAUCCUGUGAGUGGUAUCGGUAAAGUUAGUCAACUUCUGUUUGCUGCUCUUAUGCCUGGAUCCAUAAUUGCUAAUAUAAUCGCUGGUGGGAUCGCAGAGGCUGGAGCUCAGCAAGCAGGUGAUUUGAUGCAGGAUUUGAAAACAGGAUAUCUGUUGAAGGCAUCACCUAGAGCACAAUUUUAUGGUCAACUUAUUGGAUCAUUGGUGAGUUCAUUUAUAGCUACAGCUGCAUAUAUUCUUUAUAAAUCAGUUUAUACGAUACCCGGUCCUGAGUUUCCUGCUCCUACUGCUCAGGUUUGGAUUGAUAUGGCUCAACUUGUUAAUGGUCAUUCACUCCCUCCUCAUGCUUUUGAAUUCAUGGUUCUAUUUUCAAUUGUCUUUGGGGUGCUCACUGUAGUCAAAGAGAUAGGACCCUUAAAAUGGCGUUUGUUUAUUCCACAUGGGAUUGCAUUUGCUAUUGGUAUCUAUAAUCCUCCUAGUUUUACAUUAGCAAGAGUAAUUGGUGGCUAUCUUUACACAGUAUGGAGUCAUUAUUGUGAUAGUGAAACUAAAAGUUUUCUUGAUAGUUGGUAUAGGCCUUACAAAGCUAUAGGCAAAAUAGCCAUUAUCAUUGUUGCUAGUGGGUUUGUACUAGGAGAGGGAACAUUUGCUAUUAUUAACAUGAUACUUUAUGCUUUUCAUGUUCAUCACUUUUAG